CCGGCCCUGGGAGUGGGCCGGCAGGCGGUAGUGGCAGCGGCGUGGGAGUGGGAGACGGUGACCUUGCAGGCAGAGAGGGGCUGCGCCUGCCGCCUCCGUUAGCGGGGAAGCUGGGUGGGGAGACGGCGGAGAUGGUGGAGGACGGCGGCGAGGAGGAGGAGGAAGGAGAAAGCGAGAGCGGGGAGAUGCCGGCAGCCGCCGUGCCCCCACUACAACGCUGCAACGGCUUCCUCCCCGGCAAGGAGGCCGAGGACGGCGAGCGGCCGGCCCCGGCGAGCGACGGGGAACGGGCGGCGGCGGAGGCCGAGGCCGAGGCCAUGCUAGUGGCGGGCGGUGGGCGGCUGGAGACGCGCUUGUCGCGGCGGCGGCUGGCGGUGCUGGCCGUCUUCAGCUGCUACUCGCUGGUGAACGCUUUCCAGUGGAUCCAGUACAGCAUCCUCAGCAACGUCUUCGCCAGCUUCUACGGCGUCUCUUUCACGCAGAUAGACUGGCUGUCUAUAGUCUACAUGGUGGCCUAUGUGCCGCUGAUCCUGCCCGCCACCUGGCUACUAGACACCCGCGGCCUGCGCCUCACCGCCCUGCUGGGCGCCGGCCUCAACGCCCUGGGCGCCUGGCUCAAGUGUGCCAGCCUGGCCCCCGACCGGUACCCCAUCACCCUGGCCGCUCAGACCGUCUGCGCAGUCGCCCAAGUCUUCAUCCUAGGACUACCCUCACGCGUAGCCUCCGUUUGGUUCGGCCCCACCGAGGUCUCUACUGCCUGCGCUGUGGCUGUGCUGGGCAACCAGCUUGGCACUGCAAUUGGCUUUUUGCUGCCACCUGUUUUGGUUCCCAAUACACCUGAUGAUGUCAAUCUGAUGGCACAUAACAUCAGCAUCAUGUUCUAUGGAACAGCAAUAGUGUCCACACUUUUGUUCUUCUUAACAGGAGUUGUGUUUGAAGAAAAGCCCAAGUAUCCUCCUAGUCACUCUCAAGCAGUCCUGCAAACUGUGCCUCCUGAGCAUUACUCCUACAAGCAGUCAAUUCUCAAUUUGUUCAGAAACAUUCCAUUUGUACUCUUGCUGAUCAGUUAUGGUAUUAUGACCGGGGCAUUUUAUUCUGUCUCAACAUUAUUAAACCAGAUGAUAGUAACUCAUUAUAAGGGAGAAGAAGUGAACGCUGGGAGAAUUGGCUUGACACUGGUGGUGGCAGGAAUGGUGGGUUCGAUUAUUUGUGGUUUGUGGCUGGAUUACACUAAGACAUACAAGCAAACUACUUUGAUCGUUUACAUUCUCUCUUUCAUUGGGAUGCUGGUAUUUACCUUCACACUGGACCUUGAAUACCUAAUAGUAGUGUUUGUGACUGGAGGAGUACUUGGGUUCUUCAUGACAGGCUAUCUCCCACUUGGGUUUGAAUUUGCUGUGGAAAUCACAUACCCAGAAUCUGAAGGCACUUCCUCGGGACUCCUUAAUGCAUCAGCACAGAUAUUUGGAAUUGUCUUUACGCUUGUUCAAGGAAAACUCACAACAGACUACAGACCUCUUGCAGGAAACCUCUUUCUUUGUGCUUGGAUUUUUGUGGGCAUUAUCUUAACAGCCUUAAUAAAAUCAGAUUUACGAAGACACAAUGUGAAUUCAGGGAUUAUGAAUUUGGAUGUUAAAGCUGUACCAGUUGAUAGUCCUACAGAACCUGAGAGUACUACAUUAAAAAUUCAGUCAGCUUUAUAAAGCUGGAAGAAGGUGACUUAGAAAUGCACAAGUUUGGUUGGAUACUGAAUGAUGUUAGUGUGAUCACUGAAUUUGUGUGGAUGGGUAGUAAAAUGUAUUUGGUGAUACUGGUGAUAGUUGUGGGGUGGAGGCUAUGAAGAUGGCCAGUUUGUUUUGCCUAAGAUGCAAACCAUUCACCUUUGUAUGGAAUGUUUCUUUUCAUAGUUUUCAAGUUUUACAGUUUCAUUAGUAAAGAGCUGUGUGAAUAUUCUCCAGUCUAAAGAAAACAUCUACCUUCUGGAAGCAUACUUGAACAAGUCUGGAAUCUCAAAGUGCAGUCGGCAUGAUCAAAAGUAUCUUUUCUUCUUUAGCCUUUGCUAGUGCAUUUGAAAACGUAGAGAGCAGGUAGCAACUGAAGGAUAUCCACACGUUCCUUUUUUGUUUUUAAAAGAAAUGUUUCUGUAUUUUUAAUAUAAGCCAAUAGUUCCUUCUGGGAAACUGUUCUAUAGCACAAUACUGAGAACAAGAGAUGACUGCAAACGUGUGUGUUUCACACUGGCAUCUGAUGUUUCCUUUGCCUUGAAACUUCUCGGUAGAUACCAGAAGGCAGGUAAGAGGAAACACUGUCUUCAUUGUAACAUUUCUAGGGAGAUUUAGAGUUUCCCAAUAGAUAAAUAGAAGAAAAAAUACAGUAAAAAGGUGGAGAAAAGUCUUUGGCAUCUCUACUGAGAAGUAUUUACAGGCAAAUGGAAUACUACCAUACAGGUUGCCUCCACAGAAUAUUUUGAGUGCUUUCUCAGUUCAAGUGAGAGGACUACGUGUUUACAAAGAGCUGGUGCCUUUACUUUGUAAAGAAGAUCCUUGCCUCAUCUUGAGUUUAAUCAGUGCUGCUGAAUAAAUUCCAUUUUGUUUGUUAAGCCUCCUCUGAAUGUUUCUGGAGUGUCAGGAAAUGUGUUCUAGUUAGGGGUUUUUUUGCAUUUAUUUAUCUGUGUUAUGCAUUGUAUCAUUUGUCUUGUGUAAUUUUUGUGCUUGUAUAACCUUUGAUUGUUUCUUCUGCAGUUUGGUAAAAGCUGUAAGGAUGACUGACAGAAAAACAGUGAUAUUUCAGUUUGAUACUGUAUUUGCUGUGUAUAUCAUACCUCUUAUCUACAGAAGGAGCAAAGUUCAUUAACAUUUAUGCUGUGUCAUUUCAUUUAUCUGAAGCUGCAAUGUGGAUGUCUCAACUGCAGUGCUUCUGAAAAUAUUCUCCUUUACCUUGUGCUCUAUUUACACACCUACAGAACUGAUAGCACUACCGUAAUGAUGCUCUACUAUUACUGAAAAUUCAGACCUGAGUAAGCUGACUUUUUGCAAACACUUAAACUUUAGUAGUCUUUAAGCUGAGCCUGCAGCCUUGAUAUCAUAGAAUUAUAGAAUGGUUUAGGUUGGAAGGGACCUCAAGGAUCAUCCAAAUCCAACCCCCUGCCAUUGGCAGGGACACCUCCCACUACAAGAAGUUGCUCAAGGCCUUAUCCAACCUGGCUUUGAACACCUCCAGGAAGUGAGCAGCCACAGCCUCCCUGGGCAACCUGUGCCAGUGUCUUGCCACCCUCACUGUAAAAAAAAGUUUUCUAACAUCUAGUUUGAAUCAUCUCUCUGCCACUUUAAACCCAUUACUCCUUGUCCCGUCAUUACAAGAGCUUAUAAUAGUACCUCCCCAGCCCUUCUGUAGGCCCCCUUCAGAUACUGGAAGGCCACUACAAGGUCUUCUCAAAGACUUCUCUUCUCUGGGUUGAAGAGCCUCAACUCUUGUAGCAUGUCCUCAUAGCAGAGCUGUUCCAAUCCCCUGAGCAUCUUUGUGGUCCUCCUCUGGAGUGACUCCAGCAGUUCCAUGUCCUUCUUGUGUUGGGGGCUCCAGAACUGCACACAGACUCCGGAUGGGCCUUCUCUUUUAGUUCCCACAGAUAUCCAGAAGGUAGAAUCCUUGAAAUAUUCCCUGGAUAUGGGGAACUUGUUGAUUUUGAGAUAGUCUUUCAGUAUGAUAAGUACUGUUAAAUGCUUUUCUUCUUAUUAUUUUAUUUACUUAGAUUUAGCCUCUAAGCUUGAUCACCUUGAUUUAAAACGUUGUAUUGCAAAUGGUUCAGACAGUGGGAAGGCUGAAUGACAGUACACAUGCCAGAAUAAGCUAAGCAUGCCUGGAACUCUCACCUUUUCAAAAAGGGUCUGUGUUUCUGCCAGAUUGAGUGCUAGAGAGAAAAGGGAGAGGUGAGGUCUAAGGAAGAGUCUUCUGGUGAGGCAGCUGAAUAUAGGAGAAGUAAUUAUAGCUACUCAAACAGCGCUCAAGAGUAUAGGAAGGAGAUGCUUUCAUUGUGAAGGACUAACAUUUGCUGACUUGCUGUGUUUUAUAAGAUGCCACAUGAAGGGUAUACACAUUUCAAGUUCAAUCAAAGUGAAAUAUCUAUGGUGGGAUUUUCCUUUUGAAAAAAAUGGUAAUAAUGUGCCAAAAUAUGUAUACUCUUCAGCAAGAUAGAGUCCACAGAUAUUUGUGUUUAUGGCCUGGGGUUACUUUGUAUUUCUGCUGCUUCAAAAUCUUAACAAGAUAACAUUGUUGCAGUUUGGGGGGAAUUGUUUUCAAUUGUCCAAUAGAAAGUCUUUGGCAGUAUCCAGAAUGCUUUCUGAGAUAUCCAGGACAUGUUGUUCAAAUUCAAAGACUGGACUUUUCCUUCUUCCUUUUAAAAAAUUACUUAUAGAUUCCUUUCUUCAGUACUGGUUUUCAGUUUCUUUAGUUACAUUGAGCUGAUUGUUGAAAAAAAUAUCCUAGUCUUUCUGGCUCCAUUAAGUUUUUUAUCUUCUGCCAAAUUUCUUGGCUACCCUCUGAAAGCAUCCAAAUAAAGGUUUUGACAUGCUGGAAACCCUGCUGGGUCCCUGAAAAGAAACUAUUCCUAAUAAUGAAGGCUUAAUUAUAUCCUGGAUUUAAUAUUUCCCCUCUAAAAGGACCCUGAAAGUAGGAAACUUGAGAGGUACUUCCAGGCGAUGAAGAAGUGUUUAAAUAGAAGGCUUGGAAGCAAAAUAAUGAGUGAAUAAAGAACAAACCAGUAUUUUAGGCAAUAAUCUUACCACCUGGCUGUCAAGAAACCAAGAUUCAAGCUCAUGGCAGAAAUAAAUUUGUAGGUUUACUUAAUUUUAAUUUUUGUUGAAUAACAUCCACCCAAUCAAGCAUCCAUUGGAAGAAGGGUUUCUGACUCUCUUAGCUCUGCCUUACAGUAAGAGUAGAGGAGAGGGAUAAAAAUUGUAACUGUUAAAAGAGGUAAUUGUUUAAUGAGUGGAAUUGCAUGUCAACUAUGAGAGGAUGGAGUGGGAAGCCAAAGUGAGGAGAGGCAUCCUGAUCCCAUGCUUCAGCUUCUGCUCUCCAAUGUGCUUUCAACUGCUUCAAGAGAACUCUAGAGGAUGUGGCAGAACUCAUGUAAUGGUGAGUGUCAGCAAGCAGGCUGCCUUAAGUUUGCAGAGACCCACCAAGGUAUGUAACUGGUAACUUCUAGCUACCAGAUUUGAGAGAUUAGCCUUGAAACUACUCUAUUUUACCUUGUUUCUUCCAGACCGUGUUAAACUUUUGCUAACUUCAGUGGCAGAGACCCAGAGAAUAUUGACCUUUUUUGUUUAGGAUUCCUAACAUGGCCCUGAAACUCUGAUUUCUGUUGGCUGGGUGUGAAGAUAGAAGACCUGUAAGGCAUAAUCUGGAACUGCUGCAGUCAGGAGCUUCUUCAGCUCAGCAGAAAAGCCUUUCAGAGCAUUUUAUUUUGAGUCCUUGUGUUUAACAGUGUCCCUGUUGCUGAAUGUUCAUGUUUCAUAAGGAAGAAAGAACAAGGGAAGAAUCAUUUCAGGUUAAAUAGGGCUUUCCUAACUUCAUCUUGGUUGUCUCUUUUGCUCAAGACAGUCUGUUGUUUCCGAGAUAGUCACUGGUGUGUCUAAUUAGGGCUGCCAGCCUAUGUUGCCUGAUAAAAAAAUGCCUGUUUAGAAACCAUUGGACUAUCUUGUGCAUCUACAACCAAGUCAAGCUGAGUUAAACUGUAAGCACUUACUGCUUUCAUUUUCCAUUCAGUGCAGUCCUGAGUUUUCCUGUGUGAAUAGACUGUGAAUUUUUUGGUUGCUCUCUUUCAAUACAUGUCUAUACCACAUUCUUGGUGUUACAGGCUAGAAAUGGCCACAGCUAAGUUACUAUAUCCCACGUGAUUUGCCAACCACCACCAUUUGGCCUGAAGUCUGUGACGUGAUUUUAAUGCAUGAACUAGAAUGAUUUAAGCAAAAGAAUACUCCUAAGAGAGAAGAAUUUCCAUGUAAGAUCCCUGUUAUUUACUCCUCAUCUCUUUGUUCUCCUGAAGAUUGCAAAUGUUUUUGCUGUAACAUUUUGGGUUUGUGAGUGCCCCACUCUUAAGGAGAAUAUUAAAAAAUCCUUAUGAAUAUUCUGAUGGCAAUAUUGUACGUAUCUGUAGCUGUGGGUGACAUCAUGCCCUACCAUUAUAUGUUGCUAAUAAAGUGUGCAAUGUGCAAUGUGA